GUGCCCUAUAUCACGUGACGAUGCGUGGCGGCGCGACCGCCAUCUUGUGUUGUGGGGAGUGAGGAAUUGCCUCGGCUGUGAGAGAUUCUCCGUCCGGGAUCGCAGGUUAACACUUUUAAAGAGGAGUAGAAAAGAAGAAAAUGGCAGCGGAAACUCAGACACUUAACUUUGGGCCUGAAUGGCUGCGAGCUCUAUCCAGUGGUGGGAGCGUGACUUCGCCUCCCCUUUCUCCCGCUUUGCCAAAGUACAAAUUAGCAGAUUAUCGCUAUGGGAGAGAAGAAAUGUUAGCACUUUUCCUAAAGGAUAAUAAGAUACCUUCAGACCUCCUGGAUAAGGAGUUUCAGCCUAUUUUACAGGAGGAGCCCCUGCCACCACUGGCACUUGUACCUUUUACAGAAGAAGAACAGAGAAAUUUCUCCAUGUCUGUAAACAGUGCUGCUGUCCUGCGGUUGACGGGACGAGGAGGAGGAACGGUGGUAGGGGCUCCUCGAGGUCGAAGUUCCUCUAGAGGUCGAGGCAGAGGCCGAGGAGAGAGUGGUUUCUACCAAAGAAGUUUUGAUGAAGUGGAGGGUGGAUUUGGGCGAGGAGGAGGCAGGGAAAUGCACAGAUCUCAGAGCUGGGAGGAAAGGGGAGACAGGCGGUUUGAAAAACCAGGGCGAAAAGAUCCAGUGAGACCAAAUUUUGAGGAAGGUGGGACAACAACAACAGGGAGGAAACACGAGUUUAUUCGCUCUGAGAGCGAGAACUGGCGCAUCUUCAGGGAGGAGCAAAAUGGGGAAGAUGAUGAUGGAGGCUGGAGACUGGCUGGGCCACGGAGGGAUGGUGAGAGGUGGCGUCCUCAUAGUCCAGACGGUCCUCGUUCUGCAGGCUGGCGAGAACCUAUGGAGAGACGGCGAAGGUUUGAAUUUGAUUUCCGAGACGGGAUGAUGAGCGGGGUUACCGACGAGUGCGGUGGCGGCAGUGGCAGUAUGGAAGAUGACAGGGACAGUCUCCCUGAAUGGUGCUUGGAAGAUGCAGAAGAAGAAAUGGGAACAUUUGACUCAUCUGGGGCUUUUCUCUCAUUAAAGAAGGUUCAGAAGGAGUCAAUCCCUGAGGAACAGGAAAUGGAUUUCCAACCAGUGGAAGGUGAGGAACCUUCUGACCCUGAAGGGGGUCAUGGUGAAGAAGCCAAAGAGCUUGAAAAGACAACCAAGAGGGAGGGGGAUAAAAGAGAUACAACAACUGCAGAGGCAGCAGAAGAAGCAGUCAGAGCAUCUUCGCCGUCUAUCCGGUCAGGUACUCCACCAAAACUCCAGUCACAAGAACCACUACAGGCCAGUCUAUUUGAGCGGAAGGAAGAGUGUGUCCCAGAACGAACAGAAAAAAUGGAAGCUAAAGAGAGUCAAACGGUGAACACUCUGCCAUCCAAAGUGCCCAGUAGAGGAGAAGAUCUGACUCCUGCUGUUCAACCUUUGCCACAGAUCUCUCCAGCUACAGUUUCUCCUGUUCAUCUUUCUUCUCCUCUUUCCAAUACAAAUCCUGCUCUAAAGCCACUUCAGACAUCAGUCUCAGCUGCUCCAGGCAUGGGCAACAUUUCUGCUGAUCCAGACGAUGAAGAGGGUCUCAAACACUUAGAGCAGCAGGCAGAGAAGAUGGUGGCAUAUCUGCAGGACAGUGCACUGGAUGAUGAGAGACUAGCAGCAAAACUUCAAGAGCACAGAGCAAAGGGUUCCUCCAUGCCAUUACUCCAUGAAGCCAUGCAGAAGUGGUACUACAAGGAUCCUCAAGGAGAAAUUCAGGGUCCCUUCAGUAACCAGGAGAUGGCAGAGUGGUUCCAGGCUGGGUAUUUCACUAUGUCCCUGUUAGUAAAGAGAGCAUGCGAUGAGAAUUUCCAGCCACUUGGAGACAUCAUGAAAAUGUGGGGCAGGGUUCCCUUCACUCCAGGUCCAGCACCACCUCCACAUCUGGGCGAGAUGGACCAGGAGCGACUAACUAGACAACAAGAACUUACGGCACUGUACCAAAUGCAGCACCUCCAGUACCAGCAGUUUUUGAUACAACAACAGUAUGCACAGGUGUUGGCACAGCAGCAAAAAGCAGCCCUCUCAUCCCAGCAGCAGCAGCAACUGGCUCUCCUCUUACAGCAGUUCCAGGCCCUGAAGAUGAGAAUAUCUGAACACCUGAUGCCAUCUGUAACAAGGUCUGUGUCAGUGUCGGAUGCUAGCUCAGUUUGGGAGCUUCAGUCAACAGCCUCACAGCCCACAGUCUGGGAAGGAAGCAGUGUCUGGGAUCUCCCCAUUGAUGCUGCAGCUCAGGAACCUGCUCUCGAACAACUUCAGCAGCUUGAGAAGGCCAAAGCUGUAAAGCUGGAGCAGGAAAGGAGAGAAAUGGAAAUGAGGGCCAAACGAGAAGAGGAAGAGAGAAAAAGACAGGAGGAACUUCGAAGACAACAGGAGGAGCUACUUAGGAGGCAACAAGAGGAAGAGAGGAAACGACGAGAAGAGGAGGAGCUGGCACGAAGAAAGCAGGAAGAAGCCCUGAGGCGGCAGAGAGAGCAGGAAAUUGCACUAAGACGACAGCGGGAGGAAGAGGAACGACAACAACAGGAGGAAGCACUUAGAAGAUUGGAAGAGAGGAGAAGAGAAGAAGAGGAAAGACGACAGCGAGAAGAGUUGCUUCGUAAACAGGAAGAGGAGGCUGCCAAAUGGGCACGUGAAGAAGAGGAGGCCCAACGUCGACUAGAGGAAAACCGGUUGCACAUGGAGGAGGAGGCAGCCAGAUUACGGCUCGAAGAGGAAGAGCGAAAGCGCAAGGAGCUGGAACUCCAGCGCCAGAAGGAAUUAUUACGACAAAGGCAGCAGCAGCAGGAGGCCUUGCGCCGGUUGCAGCAGCAGCAACAGCAGCAGCAACUUGCACAGAUGAAGCUCCCUUCUUCUUCAACAUGGGGCCAGCAAUCCAGCUCAGGAGCAUGUCAGUCCCAGACCACGUUGUCAUUGGCAGAAAUCCAAAAGCUUGAAGAAGAGCGAGAACGGCAGCUUCGAGAGGAGCAAAGACGUCAGCAGCGUGAACUGAUGAAAGCCCUCCAGCAGCAGCAGCAACAGCAACAACAGCAACAAAAAAUGUCAGGUUGGGGUAAUGUCACCAAGCCAACAGGCGCUACCAAAUCUCUCUUGGAAAUACAGCAGGAAGAGGCGAGGCAGAUGCAGAAGCAACAGCAGCAGCAGCAGCAGCAGCCGAACAGAGUCCGCAGUACUACGCAUUCUAGCCUGCACAGCAGCAUUGGAAAUUCAGUGUGGGGCUCUCUAAACACUAAUCCCACCAGCCAGUGGGCAUCUGAUCUAGUCACCAGCAUCUGGAGCAAUUCUGACACUAAAAUCAAUAUGGGGUUCUGGGAUGAUGCAGUGAAGGAAGUGGGGCCGCGUAACUCAACCAAUAAAAACAAGAGCAAUGCCAGCCUCAGUAAAUCUAUAGGAAUUACGAGCAGACAGAACAAGAAGGUGGAACAAGAGGAGAAGCUGCUGAAGUUGUUCCAAGGGGUUAAUAAAGCCCAGGAUGGAUUCACUCAGUGGUGUGAACAGAUGCUACAUGCACUCAAUACAGCGAACAACUUGGAUGUUCCCACGUUUGUUUCUUUCCUGAAGGAAGUGGAGUCUCCAUAUGAGGUCCAUGAUUACAUCAGAGCCUACCUUGGAGAUACCCCUGAGGCCAAGGAAUUUGCCAAGCAGUUUCUAGAGCGCCGUGCCAAACAAAAAGCCAGUCAGCAGCAGCAGCAGGAUUCAGUGUGGGGGAUGAACCAUAGCGCACUGCAUUCCGUCUUUCAGACCAAUCAGAGCAACAACCAGCAAUCCAACUUUGAAGCUGUGCAGAGUAGCAAGAGAAAGAAGAAACAGAAAAUGGUUCGAGCAGAUCCCAGUUUGUUAGGAUUUUCAGUGAAUGCCUCAUCAGAGCGGCUCAAUAUGGGAGAAAUAGAGACUUUGGAAGACUACUGAUCUUGUGUAGAUUGACCGGCUUUUCCUGUGUCUGUUAACCAUGGAUUCUCCACCUUUGGACACAGUACUUUCUCCAACUUGCAUUUUUCUUCACCUUGCAGUGACUUACAGAAUCAAUCAUCUCAGGCUGCUUCUUCUAGCCCCAGCAAAAUCUUUCUGUCCCACGUUGCGCAGUCAUUGUCAUCUCUGUCAGCCUAUAGACAUGUGGACUUUGCUGUCUCCUAGGUGGGUGGGAGAUAGGAUCCAUUCCCAAAAUGGUUGACUGCAGGCAGCAAGCGUUCACUGUGCUGUCAUUUCUUCUGCUGACUUAUCUGGAAAGUCUACUGGGAUUCUGCAAAUGGUAUCUUCCUUUCCCCGGUCAUGCUUAUCACAUCCAACUUGUGCAAUCAUGGAGAGAGUUUGUGGUUAACAGAGAUUGGUCAGAAUCAAAAUGCCACACAAAUACUGACUUCAGUGCUGCAUCAGGACAAGAGAUGCUCUCCAAAUCCAGGAGUUGCAGUCAUAAGCUAACUUUAGAACUGGCAACAGCAGGAGAGAGUGGUGGUGGGUGGAGUUUAACUUGGAUUGGUUUGAUAUUGCACACCCCCUGCCAGCCCCUCUCAGCACAUUAAUUUUGGAGGGAAAGCUUGAGUCUGUCUUCAUUAGGUAGUGAUGAUAGUUACUGGAGUUCUCCCGCCAGCAACCUCCAGCCUUCCAGGACAAAUAGGAAUGUAUAAUGGGGGUGGGGGAGGGUGUAUUUCUUCUGUUCAGGUUGAAAUUACUUCCUUAAAUAUUACCUUCAUAGGGAUAGACCAGUUUAUUGGAGGCACUUCUGCUGUGAAUUUGUCUCAUUUAAGAGACAGCUAAAGUCUUGGGUAGGGAAGGACUUUACUUUCCAAACUGGUGUCCCCUACAGUCUCAGUGGCAAUGACUCAGUUUUGUGUUACAAUAGCAUGCAAGUUAAAGGGCAGAGACCAUCCUCUUCAUAAUGGAAUGAGAUUAAAAGAGAACCUGCCUGUAGGCAGCACCUGAAUUCCUGUAACCAUGGAGAGGGGGAAAGUGAGCUGUGAGGCAAUGGCACUGAUUCCCUUCUACACCUUCAAUUAUUGAACAUCCCUUCACUUCCAAUCCAUAAUUAAAUAUUUAUGUAAUCCCAGCUUUCCCUGCAGAAGUUUAAAAAAAAACCCAAAACCUGAAACUGCAAAAUGCACUUAAUUUGCACCCCUCUUCCCUCCCCCCCCAAAUCCCACCUCCCGUUCCUAGAGGGCUGCAGUGUACCUGUGGGAGGGAGAGGCUGCUGUUUGAGUGGAGUGUGUAAAGGUGUCUGUCUUUCUGUCAUCACUGCCUGAAGAAGGCUGCUUGAGUUGCUCCAGAGCAGUUUGGCUUUGGGUUUUAUUUCAUUUGAUUUAUUCAUUUUUGGGGGGGUAAUUUUCCCCUCUUCCUCCUCCUCCCCCUAAACAUGUACAGUAACUAUACAGAGACUGCUGCAGACUUGUAUAUAGUUUUUGGAUCUAAUAGCAUGGAGAGACUUGGAACUGUUGCAAAUCUGGUCUCCCUGUCUCCUUUGCUUUGUAAAGUCAUAAAGGGGUGGAAGAGGGGUAGUUAAAAUGUUUACAGAACUUUAAACUCCCUCUGAACUUUUGCCAGUGUGCAGGGGGAAAAAAGAGAAAUAAAACCUGGUUGUAUUAUAUCUAAGAGUGCAUUUUAUACUUUUGUCUAAAAUAAUUUUUGAGAUUAUUCCUGGAGCUAAAACAGACCUGAAUCUUGACCUUCAUCACAGUUUUCAUCAAGAAACAUCGAGCAGAUACACAGGAUGUGGAACAACAGCUGCUGCUUUAUUCCUGUUCUCCUGAGGAACGUUGGUGGUUUUUCUACUUGAUAAUUUUAGAGUUUAAAAUAAACAUCAGUAAGAUGAGACACA